GGUGAGUUAGGGCUCAACUCGCCACGGACGAGCGCGCCUUUCGCUUUACGACUUGUAAAUCGAUUUUGAAACACUUUCUGCGUACUGAGCAGCGAAGACAAUCAUUGUCCAUGUAUCGCAACACCUUUGAGAAACUCCCGUGAUUUUCGGCUGUCCACCUAUCCCCGUCUGUUCCUGGCGUCGGAUACUAGCCUCACCUCAUCGGCCCCGCUGUCCAGUGAUUCUCAAGGGACCUGUUCCUUGUACGGACCUUGGGACGAAAUCCAAUCAGCCUGCAGUGAGUGCAUUGACACCUCAGCUUCGAUCACGGAGGAGAGUCACAAAGACCUUUUGCCGGGCGGCUCGAACGUCUGAUCUCUAUAUGCACUUCGCGCGCUGUGUUUUGUCGCCAACCACGAGUCCGGUAUAGUGAGGCAUCGCUGCUCUUCCAGCGCGUUGCGACAACACUAUGGUCUCCUAUCCCGACUCGGCAGAACGGACACUCACACGGCGGACUCCUUCAGUCGUUUCGGCGACAUCACGACCUUCAACUGUGCGUCGGCAUAGACCGCACCGCUCCCACUAUGGUGGAUCAGCAUAUCAGCCACAGAACGAAUUCCCAGUCUUUACGCACACGGGCGAUAUCGAGAUAAUACUGAAAUCACAGGACGGAAGGAAAGAUCAGAGAUAUUUGUUGCAUCGCUUGAUAUUGUCGCAGUGCUCCGGCUUCUUUGAGGCUGGAACGAGCGAGGAAUGGUCACGCACGACCGAGUCCAACGGGCCCUCAGGACCAGGCUCGCAAGAUGCCAUGCUUGUGAGGACUGGAGCUGGAGAAUUAGGUCAGAAGAAGAGGUGGAGGUAUGAACUGGACUGGGGAAAUGGGGAGGAAAAUGAUCUGCCCAUCCUAGUGCAAAAGGAAGCAACACAGACGCUGUUUGGAGGUGAUCAUACUCCACAGCCACCUCCGGUACGAAACAAACCCCCACCCUCGAAUGCAGGCUUCUUCCGGUCCAUGGCCAACUUCUCCACCCUGAACGUCCAGCAAGCACAAGCCGCGCAAGAUCCCAUGAAUGACCUUCUGCAAGACUACGACAAUCUAUUUCGCAUCUUCUACAACUACGCUCCUGCCCUUGAUGCUGUCAAUAUCGCGGUUGCCUACGUUCAGUGCAAGACACUCCUACAACUCGCCGAUAUGUACGAUGCGCUGGAGGUUAUAGGGCCCAGAGUAGAUCAUCACUUGCUUCGGUUCCAGGGCCGCCUUUUCAAGCAGAUUGCGAAAUAUCCACCAAGCUAUCUAAAGCUCGGUUAUCUGGCAAGAUCGAAAGUAAUAUUCUCGGAAGCAUUGAUUCAUGUUGUGGGCCAGUGGCCGACAGGUUCCAGUCAACUACGCGGACAAACGCCGGAAGUUGUCAUGGAGUUGAUCGAGGACAAAGUCGAUGAGUUAGACGAGAUCAAGGCGAAGAUAGAGGGCAAACUGUUUCGACUGACCCUAACAACUUCAAGAGGCGAGCGAGUGACGCCCUCAAAUCACUGGCUGGACUGGCUCGCCAUGUCUCUAUUUCGACAAUGGCUGGCAGAGCAUACUACGCCCAUGCCUCCGCCAAUACUCAAGGAUCCAGCGCGAUCACACGGUAGAAACAACUCGAUGAGUCAGCCAUUACCACCCGUGCCUGCGACGGGCUCCAGCACCGGCAGGAUAUUCAGGCUAAUAGGAUCCGCUGGCUCCGCCUAUCUCGGUCACGACGAAUUGAAGAGGUUUCUAAAGAUAAAUCCGGAGACCUAUAAUAGAGAGAACCUGAAGAGGUUCGAGAGAAGAAUGGAUGAAGUAAAGAACCUGGCUCGCGACGUGGUUAAACCUCUGAUGCGUAAUUACCUGGAGCUGGAUCUUGGGAGAGAAGGGGGUGGCCUGCCGUAUCUGACGUGCACCAAAGUGGAAGCUGCUGAUUUCCCUUGGGACGACUAAGCGUACGCAUUGUACAGCGAUGAAGAAGUUUUGAACUUUUGAUUGUGUUAAGAGAAGUUUUCGGCGCAUCUUGGUGAAUCGGCACGGAUACCCCUGGGUCACGAUAUGAGUGAAGUAUGGUUUGAUGGUUUCACGCUGUAAUGAAAGGUACAUAGUAUAUCUACACAUAUAUAUCACACGGACAUGAAGCAUGCAGGUUCAUGCAGGUUAUGCUACGGCGAGAGUCUUAGACGGAACCAAAGUGUCUUGUACAUGUGCACACUGCACCUUGAGCUCUCGUGAUGUAAAUUAGGGCAGCCGAGGCACACAUCAGGCAGCAAACCGAAAGAGGAAACGGCCAACCAGAUGAAG